AUGAAGGGCCAUGGAUUGCGCUCGCGAACCCGCGACAUGUUUUCGCGCGGGUUUCGCAAGCAUGGUUACAUCCCCGUUUCGACGUACCUGCGUACGUACAAGCUCGGCGACCUGGUCGACAUUAAGGUCAACUCCGCCGUACAGAAGGGCAUGCCGUUCAAGUUCUACCAGGGAAAGACCGGUCGUGUCUGGAACGUCACCAAGCGCGCUCUUGGCGUGGAAGUCAACAAGCAGGUGAACACCCGCAUUGUGCGCAAGCGCCUUCACGUGCGCAUUGAGCACCUGACGCCCUCCCGCUGCAACGUGGACUUCAAGGCGCGGGUGAAGGCCAACGAGGAGCACAAGGCAGCCAACGCCGAGGCCCGCAAGGCCGCCGGCGGCGCCGCCAAGGAGAAGAAGUACAAGAAGCCUGCGCCCAUGACCCUCGAGUACCUGCAGGCUCUGGAGAAGCGCAACGCGCGCCCGAAAAAGUCGGACGAGGAGAAGGCGAAGCUGCAUGAAGAGGACAGGAAGAAGCGGGCGGUGAAGGCGCUGGAGCCGCCCGCUCCGGCGGUGGUGGGCGGCAAGAGGAAGCCCCUGGGUCCCCGGCCAGGGUUCCUUGUGCCCGGCACGACUAUGGAGACGGUGACGCCGAUUCCGUACGAUGUGCCGGAUCUUAGGAUGUCUACCUUUGAGGACGCUGAGAAGGAGAGCGAGUAUGGAUACAUCAAGAAGGUCUCGGGGCCUGUCGUGAUAGCAGAUAACAUGGGAGGAGCUGCUAUGUACGAGCUUGUCCGUGUCGGAAAUGAUAGGCUUAUUGGAGAGAUCAUUCGUCUCGAGGGCGACUCCGCAACGAUUCAAGUGUACGAGGAAACAUCUGGUCUGACUGUUCGAGAUCCGGUGCUUCGAACUCACAAGCCACUUUCGGUCGAGCUCGGCCCUGGUAUUCUCAGCAACAUUUUCGACGGUAUCCAGCGGCCGUUGAAAACCAUUGCCCUUAGAUCUGGCAAUGUGUACAUUCCGCGUGGUGUUGCCGUGCCGGCGCUUGACAAGGACAUCCUUUGGGAGUUCCAGCCCAGGGCUCUGAAUGUUGGAGAUAUCAUUGCGGGUGGUGACAUUUUUGGGACUGUCAUCGAAAACAGCCUAAUGACACAAAAGAUCUGUGCUCCUCCGAAAGCUAUGGGGAAGGUCACUUACGUCGCACCCCCUGGUCAAUACAGUUUGAAGGAUAAAGUCCUUGAACUUGAGUUCCAAGGGCAGACAAAGCAGUACACUAUGCUUCAGACAUGGCCCGUCCGUUCUCCACGUCCUGUGGCACGGAAACUUCCAGCAGACACUCCUCUCUUAACUGGCCAGCGAAUUUUGGACGCCCUGUUCCCCUCAGUGCUUGGUGGUACUUGUGCUAUCCCUGGUGCUUUCGGUUGUGGAAAGACUGUCAUUAGUCAGGCGCUUUCCAAGUUUUCGAACGCCGACGGUGUCAUUUACGUUGGUUGCGGAGAGCGUGGAAAUGAAAUGGCUGAGGUGCUGAUGGACUUCCCGAAGCUUACCAUGACACUUCCUGAUGGCCGUGAAGAGUCUGUGAUGAAGCGUACCACCCUUGUGGCUAACACAUCUAACAUGCCUGUGGCUGCUCGAGAGGCAUCCAUCUACACCGGUAUUACCCUUGCUGAGUAUUUCCGAGACAUGGGAUACAACAUGGCCAUGAUGGCUGACUCCACGUCUCGAUGGGCUGAAGCUCUUCGUGAAAUUUCUGGGCGUCUUGCUGAAAUGCCUGCUGACAGUGGUUACCCCGCCUACCUGGCUGCCAGGCUGGCAUCUUUCUAUGAGCGUGCUGGCAAGGUUCAGUGCCUUGGCAGCCCUGAUCGCACAGGAAGUGUCACCAUUGUCGGUGCCGUGUCUCCUCCUGGUGGUGAUUUCUCGGAUCCUGUCACAGCUGCUACUCUCGGUAUCGUCCAGGUGUUCUGGGGUCUGGAUAAGAAGCUCGCUCAAAGAAAGCAUUUCCCUGCUGUUAACUGGCUCAUUUCCUAUUCCAAGUACACCAAUGCGUUGGAGUCCUUCUAUGAUGUGGAAUCGCCAGAUUUCAUUUCCCUUCGUACCAAGGCCCGUGAGGUUCUUCAACGUGAGGAUGACCUGAAUGAGAUUGUGCAGCUUGUCGGAAAGGAUGCCCUUGCUGAAGGUGACAAGAUCAUUCUGGAGACAGCUCGUCUGCUGCGUGAAGACUACCUGGCUCAGAACGCCUUUUCCUCGCAUGACAAGUUCUGUCCUUUCUACAAGUCCGUAUGGAUGCUUCGCAACAUCAUCCUAUUCUAUCAGCUUGCAACCCAGGCUGUGGAGAGGGCAGCAGGUUCAGAGGGCCAGAAGAUUACUCUCAAUGUCAUCAAGCAGAGGCUUGGUGACCUCAUCUACAAGAUUGUGUCCCAGAAGUUUGAGGACCCUGCAGAUGGAAAGGCGGUGUUGGAGGCCAAGUAUCAGAAGCUGAGCGAAGAGCUCACAGCUGCUUUCCGCAGCCUGGAGGAUGAUUACAGAUUUGAACCUAGAGUAGCAAUCUUGCUUCGAGCUGCUCCACACGACAUGGGUGUGGAGACGGCGCGCGUGGUCCAUAGCGAGCUGCUGGAAGGGCUGCUGAGGGAGCUCAUCUGCGUGUACUGCACGGACCUCGUCGAUCCCACCGACGCUCUCCAGGCUGCAUGUGGACAUGUGUUCUGCUCGCCGUGUGUGCAUGAAGCCAUUGAGAAGAAAUGCGUGACGUGCCCCAUGGAUAAGUCGCCUGUGCAAGAUCAUCUCCGCCCUUUAAGGGAAGCAAAUCCUAUCGUCUUCCGCCAGCUUGGCAGCACGGAGGUCCGGUGUGUGAACUACACACAUGGGUGUAAUUGGAGGGGAGAGUUGCUAGACGUGAAGCAGCACUUGCUACAGUGCAAGACACAGCCCCGGCACUGCCAGUGUUGCACCACCUCUCGGGCCGAGCUAAUUCAGGCCAAGAAGCUGAUAGUGGGGUACGAGCACCUCGUGUCGGACCUUCAGGGGGAGAUUCAGGCGCUUACUGAGGAGGUGGGGGCGUUGAAGGGACAGGUGCAGGAGAAAGCGCGGAUGCUGCUUGCAGCAGGAGGGGCGGAUCUUGCAGGAGCCGUGAGAAGCCUCCAGGUGAAAUCUCAGUCUCAGAUGACUUUAGCCAGGCAGCCUUGGCAGGGGGGGUUUCUUGUGGGCAGCCUUCCUGGACACACGGACCGCGUGACCAAAAUUAUCGUCUGCCCGAGAGGCGAGAUUAUUUUCUCGGGCAGCCUGGACGGCACGAUCCGUCUGUGGCGGCGGAAUCAGAUCUCGGCUCAUUUGCUGGAUACGAUUGUGUGCUCCGGUGGAGGAGGGGGAUGGGACAGUGCUGCCAACAGUGGUGAGUAUUGGUCGGGUGAAUAUAGAUCGGGUGAGCAAGGGAGUGGAGGGAGAAGAGAUGCUGCUGCUGCAGUCUUUGAUAUAGUCCUAGACCCCGUUUCAGGCACCCUGGACCACACUGGUGGUGGCGGGGGUGGUGGCGACACCACCAACGCUUCCCCCUUCAGGCACGGGUAUGCCGAUGUGGUAACCGCACCCGACGGAACCAUCUACUUCACGGCCAAUCACGAGCCUCUGAGGGAGGGCAGCGGUGGCAUGGGCAGCAGGGGGAGCGGCGGGAGCAUGGGCAGCAGAGGAGGAGCGGAGCAGGGGCAGGAAUACCCUAUCUGUGUGUAUAGGGGUGGUGCUGUGGCUGCGUCUCUCAGGGGUCACAAGGCACAAGUAAUCUCUCUUGCUGUUGGCCCUCCUCUUCUGUUCUCCGGCGAGGAAAAUGGCAGCAGCAGUGGUGGUGGUGGUGGGAGUGGCAAGGCUGGUGGCACCGCUGGUGGUACUGUUGGUGGUGCUGCCGGUGGUGCAAGUCCCUACUUUGCCGCUGGACCCACGCUCUAUUCCCUCUCGCUCGACGGCGAGCGGCUUUUGGCAGCAUUUGAGGAUGGAAUGGUGUCGGGAGGAGAGGAGGUGUGUGCGUUGGCUUUGGGGAGGGAUGGGACUCUGUAUUGUGGUGAGAGGAGGGGGACAAUCAGGGUGUGGCAUGCUAGUGAAGACUAA